GAUAAGCGUCUUCCUUGCUCUGAAACUUGCUCCUCCAUGUAUUGAAUUUGUUGCUUACCGUCCUCAGUAUGGACUCUCAAAAAUGACUCACAGGAUAACCAAGAGACAAGUCAAAUGUGUGUUUGUUUGUGUGCAGGAGGCCCUACAAAGGAUAAUCACCACAUUAGCCAAUAAAAAUGAGGAGCUCCACAAUUUCAUCGAAACUUUGAAUCACUUGCUGGCUGGAGUUCAGGUCAAUUCAAGCCGGGUGGUGUCCGACUUGGAAGAGGAGUUCGACACCUUGUUCUCCAUUCUGGAAGAAGCCAAAGAGAGCAUGACCAACACUAUCAAACAAGAACAAGCCAGAAAAUCACAUGAAUUACAGAACCAAAUGCUUCAGAGCACGAAUGCGCUGGAGAGCUCAGAGGAGCUCCUGGAGUUUGCUACGCACGCUCUGGACAUCAAAGACCAGGAAGCGUUUACCAAGGCUGCCAAACAGAUUAAAGAUAGGGUAACAAUGGCUCCUGCCUUCCGCUUGACCAUGAAGCCCAAAGCCACAGAUACCAUGAGCCACUUGAUGGUGGACUUCAGCCAGGAACGCCAGCUGCUCCAGGGCCUCCGCUUCCUCCCUGUACCCAGAGCUCCUGAAUUUGAGGUGCAGGACUGCCUGGUGGUGGACAACGCUGUGACUGUGGUCUGGAGGAUGCCGGCGGAAGAUAGCAAGAUCGACCACCACAUCCUGGAGUACAGGAAAGCCAACCACGAGGGUCUGCCACGGGUCCAAGAUGAGCGCUGCUGGGAGAUCGUGGAUAACAUCAAGACCACGGAAUACACUCUGACAGGGUUGAAGUUUGAUUCUAAGUUCAUGAACUUUCGGGUACGAGCCUGCAACAAAGCAGCUGCUGGGGACUAUUCCGAUCCUGUCACCUUGGAAACCAAAGCAUUCAACUUUGGCUUUGACCCGUCAUCUUCACACCUGAACCUGAAGGUGGAGGAGAACAGUGUGGAGUGGGACCCUCAGGGAAGCAAAGGGCUGGACAGCAAGGUGAAAGGCAAAGAGAAUAAGGGCAGCGCACAUCUCACUAAUUUGAAGAACAUGACAAGAAGUGGAACUCCUUCUCCGAAAAGAGGAUCGACUCCCAGGUCACCAGCCCCUAGAGGAGGCAGAGAUCGUUUUACUGGCGAAUCCUACACGGUGCUGGGUGACACCAGUAUUGACUCCGGCCAGCACUAUUGGGAGGUGGAGGCCCUGAAAGACUGCAAGUCCUACAGCAUGGGCGUAGCAUACCGGAACAUGGGCAAAUUUGACCAGCUGGGCAAGACCAACAGCACAUGGUGCAUCCACGUUAAUAACUGGCUGCAGAGCUCAUUUGCUGCCAAGCACAACAACAAGGCCAAGAGCCUGGAGGUGGCUGUACCAGAGAGGAUCGGGGUCUACUGUGACCUGGAUGGAGGCCUGCUUUCAUUCUACAAUGCAGACAGCAAGCAGUUGCUCCACAUGUUUAAGACGAAGUUCUCUCAGCCAGUGGUUCCAGCCUUUAUGGUUUGGUGCGGUGGCCUGAGCCUGAUGACGGGUUUACAGGUCCCCAGCGCCAUCAGAAGCUUCCAGAAGGCUGAAAACGGGCUGGGAGGAUCAAACAGCAGCCUGAACAAUAUGCCACAGUAGUCCAUACAAACUGCUAUAUCCCGAAGCCACCCAAAUGUUUCAGGACCAGUGCCCCCCUAACUGAGACAGCGUCCCGACCUUAAUCAGCAGCAGUGGGUAACCUCCAAGAACACCUCAUGAACUCGCACCCCACUUCCUGCUUCCUGUGCAAAUAAACACACUUCCUGUGGACUAUGUCAUCCAGUGUUGGAACGCUGUGAAGCUCCAUGGGGAAAUAAGUCCUUGACUGGCAGGCACCAGAUAACACUACCACUACGCCUUCUUAUUCUCUAGAUUCCUCUCUUCUAUAAGUGCAGAUGCAGAUUUAUUUAUCUCUUACUUUCUCUUGUUAUAUAAAGCUCUUUGCACCAGAAAUGCUUGUGGCUUUAUCAGGGAAUAGAUGAGUGCACUUUUUUUCUGUUUAAUUUUAGGUUUGGUUUUCAUUUUGUAAUGAUUUAUUUCUGACAUAAGUCUGGCAUGACAGACCCUUUUCAUCAUUUGAUUUAUUGAAAUGUAUAAAUAUUUUUAGUUUGGUGUGUGUUAAUGUGUAUGUAUGUGUAUGUGUGAUUCAUAGCCUAUGAGUACAAGUGACUAUUACCUCCUGUCUAAUCAAGGUAUUUUUCAUUGGACUCUCAAUAUCCCUUUAUCCUCUAAAAUAUGAACCCUGUAGUUUUUGACUACAGUAUGCAGUUCAAUAUGACUGUGAAAAAUGUUUGCACAAUAUAAACAGUUAGUGCUGCUUUCUGGGCUUACGUUAUUCUGUUUGUACAAACACUGAGUCCAGUCCACCAAGCACACAAUUUAGAACAUCACAUGGACUUCAGUUUUAAUUAUUGCAUAAAUUAAUUUUUCUUUAUUUUCUCUGACGUUUUUUGAUUUCCUGUAUUUCUCUGAUUAUUAUCUGUUCAUGCAUAUCAACAAUUGAGGGAUCUGUCCAUUAAAUAAAUAAUUGAUUUUUAAAAUUUUCAUGCAGUUGUGCUAAACUUGAAAGUAAACUCGGUUUCACCUAGUCUUUUUUUUUUUCUUUUUUUUUUGCCUGGAACGCAUUUUAAUGUAUAACUACAGUAGCCUACUACGCAGUUUAAUUCUCCGUAAACACUCGUGUCUGAUUGUAAUCUAAAUCAGUACGCAGGUGAAUCCUGAGCACCGUGAAGCGCUAAACUUCCACAAUUAAAAAUGUGUCCCUACCGCCAUCCGCUGUCACAACCCUGAAAUAGCAAUAGAGGGGCCAACAAAAUACCUGAGACUUUAGCUAGCUAGUCAAAUGCGCUUUUGACGUACAGAUUUGUAUUGUACUUCAUAACGCAGAAAUUGUACUUUAUAGGUUAACACUUUUAUAUUAGUUUGUUACGUAAAAUGAUGUUUUUUCGCUUCUGUAGUUAUGUUUUAGUGAGAAUGUUAAAUGUUUAUGUUUUAGUGAGAAUGUUAAAGAUGGGUAGCGUUCGAGCGAUGAAAAUUGAAUAAAUGAUACUGGAAAUAA